AGCUUUUCCACACUGUUUCAACCUCCGAUUUCUAGGGUUUGUGAACUCCGAUAAACCCAGCACCAGAAUCUCUCUCUCUCUCUCUAAGAUUUCGCCAUGAGCAGAUCGGGGCAGCCUCCGGAUUUGAAGAAGUACAUGGACAAAAAGUUACAGAUAAAGCUGAAUGCAAACCGCAUGGUGGUUGGAACCCUUCGUGGUUUUGAUCAGUUCAUGAACCUGGUGAUUGACAAUACUGUUGAAGUGAACGGGAAUGAGAAAACCGACAUAGGCAUGGUGGUCAUACGGGGAAACAGUGUGGUUACUGUUGAAGCUCUCGAGCCAGUUCAAAGAGCACAAUGAAUUGUACAUUUUUGUGCUUGGGUCCCAAUCUUAAUUUGUAGGACGAGGUUACGUUGGAUGCUGUAAUUUUUAGUAAUUUCAACAUUUUAUGACGAGCUUGCUUACUGAAUCGAUUAUAUGUAACGGUUAUGAUUUUGAUGCAAUGUUUUUUGAACCAGAUUACUUUGUUCAAAUG